UUUUUAAUUACACUGGCUUCGCCCCCUCUCGCAUCAAUCCUGUUUUCUGAUUCCGUUUCUAAUUUCUACUCCUCUCUCGCACGACUGAGAGAGCCAUGAGAAGCUGAAAACUCCAGGUUGAAAAUUUUAGGGUUUUCAGGGAAAAUGUCAUCGGGAAGAUCGAAGAGUCUCACCGACGGAGACUUGCAAGUCAUUCCGGCGCCGGAGAAGCCAAAGCCUGCCCUUCCUCCGCUUCCUCCAGUCGUAGGAUCCAUGGCGCUUGUCGAGUAUGCGCCGCCAGCUCCAUUGGAGGAUGAGGAAGACCUGGAAGUUAAGCUUCGGCGGAUCAUCGAUCACGUUCCAGUUCGUGUCAGCAACACCUCCGGGAGUUCCGCUGGUUCGGGCUCUGGAGACUUCCAUCAGUACCGCCAGAUGAGACGUAAAGAGCAAGACCGACUUGCAAGGAUGGAUGUGGACUACCAGAGAAGAAAAGAAAUAGCGGAAUUCAAUAUGAGACAGGAGGAAAGAAUGAAAGCUGCAGAAGAACGGACAGCAAAGAAGCGUUUGAAACGCCAGAAGAAAAAGCAGAGGAAAAAAGAGAAGAAGAUCAAAUUGAAUGCUGGUGGGGAAGAGCAGCAGAAAGAAGAAUCCUCAGAUGAUGAUGGAGACUCCUCUGAGAAUGGUGAAGAUAUUGUGAAGCGAACAAGCUUGUACUGAAAUUCUGUCCAAGCCCGCAGUUGAAGCUCGGUUCCAUAUCGACAUCUCCAAGGAAAGGAAACUGGAGGAGUCACCAACUUCAUUGGAUUUGAGGGUUCUGUUCCAAGUUAUUAUUAAUGCCAAACUUGUAUCUCAACUUUGGAAGGUGAAAAUGCGAAUGGAAUAGUUGAUUUCGCAUAGGAAACAAAUUUGUUACCUAGUUAAAAAUUGAAAAAGGUUUCUGUCUUUUUCCACACUCCCCUAGGGUUAGAGUCUUUGUUAUCUAGUCAGCAUCAUGUUCAACAGAUAACAGGUCUUUAUGUCUUUACGUUGUCAAUGUCAAAAUGGGUUGUGUCACGUUAAAUGUACUUUUUCUUUGCGUAAUUAUAACUUGAUAUGACAUAAAAAUAUAUAUAUUA